ACUUUUAAUUACUUGAUCUUUAUUAUUGUCGAGUUAAUUUAACAGAGAUUCCGGUUCUCCACUUUUCAUAGCCCUGACUGGAGAUUUCUUCACAUCCAAUUCCAGUUUGCAAAUUACAUUUCCAAAUCCUCUUCCAGCAAAUCGCAGAAGCAAUCUUAGCAAUGCCGAAUGCCUGGAAGAAGGAGAAGGCAUCCCCUCUUCUCCUCUCCAUCCGAGGUAUCUUCCUACUCCUCGUCAUUCUCUUCCUCCUCAUCCUCAUCUUUUUCCGACCCCUCUCCUCCCAAAACCCUAACCCUAACCCCAUCUCCCUCCACUUCCAAAUUCCAACCCUAAACCUUCCCCAUGGCCUCCCUCUUCUCCCCUUCGACUGUGCGGCCUCUCCCCAAGCCUCUCCUGUCUUCGCUGCACGCGUUGAGGGUCUUCAUUACCCUUUCCUCUACUCCCUCGCCGAUUUCGGAUCUCUCCCCGAAAAACCCCACAAAAACAUUGUUCGUAUGAUGAAAGGAAAGCCUUUUCGCCGCCCGGAGAUCUCCUCUACUAUCCAGGAGUUCCUCCAGGGGUCUAAGCCCUUCGAUGGGAUUGUAAUUGAUGUUGGAGCUAACGUCGGGAUGGCGACAUUUUCCGCCGCCGCCAUGGGAUUUAGGGUGGUGGCGUUUGAGCCAGUGUUUGAGAACCUGCAGCGGAUCUGCGAUGGGGUCUUUUUGAAUAGAGUUUGGGAUCUGGUGGUGAUUUUUGAGGCAGCUGCUUCAGAUCGGCUCGGGAACAUCACGUUGCACAAGAAAUAUAGCUAUCCAAAUAUCAAUGGUUGUCGCACUUGUUCACAAGAUAAUCUGAUGAGGUCUUUCUUUAAUAGCCAUGGACGACUAUCUGAACCAGAUUUUAGUAAAAUUUUAGAUAAAGAAAGUUGCUCAGGCGAUUUGUGUGAAGAGAUGCUUGAAAAUGCAGAUAUUUUUAGACUUUCAUCUCUCUUACGUGAGCUCAUGGGUGAAGGUUCACAUAGACAAUUAGUUACUACAAUGGAAUUUUACCAUCAUCCAAAGUUUGCUCAUUUUUUUAAUAAGCAUUUUUGUGAGGCAAUUGUUAUUGAGUAUCUUCCUACUGGGGUCUUUUCUGAUCCCUUUGAACUGCAACAUCUUGUCGGUCGUGAAGUGUUUCUUAGUGCUUCUGUUUUUGGUGACACAAAUCUGGAAUUGCCUUCUGCUCUUUCCAAUAUAUCUGUAGUAGAGAUUCACAUUAAUAUCAAGAGUGACGCCCAAAAAAUUGUUGUUCAACUGCCUCUUCAUUCUAGAUACCCGCCUCUUAAUUCAAGUGGUUACAUAAACAUAACAAUAUGCAAACCACAUUUGUUCAUACGUUGCAAACCAAAAAUCACUCGAACUACAGCUUGUUCUUGGACUCUGAUUGAUUUCGGUGUCUUGUCUGGAAACAAUGUGACAUGGAGAUUUCCUUGUGGAAAUGCAGUGCACACAAAUGCUGUAACUAUUAUAACCUUUUUAUCAUCUAUUUUUUGCUCUCUUUUUAUUGUGUUGUCAACCAUAUAUCAUUCAAAGAAGGAUAAAAGCAAAAUGGAAUAGCUAUACUGUAGCACAUAUACUUCUUAUAUUCUGUUAGGUGUAUAAAACUCUCUUGAUUUGGUUGGUAAAAUCAUAAUUUUGAAUCUUUUAACAA